AUGCAUGCCAGAGGUCCCCCUGGCCUCCCGACCGCAGCGCUGCCUCUCGCUUCCUCUGUCCUGAUGCUGCUAAUGAGCACGCUGUGGCUUUUGGGGGCCGGCCCCAGCCUCGUCCUGGCCCCAGAGCUGCUGCUGGACCCUAGGCAGGCACACCGGCUGCUCACACAUGCCCUGGGCCACACGGCCCUCCCCGGCCUGCUGCUCAGCCUGCUGCUCCUGCCCACGCUGGGCUGGCAGCAGGAGCGCCACCUGGGCACACUGCGGUUCCUGCAUGCCUCCAGCCUGCUCGCGCUGGCCACCGGGCUGCUGGCUGUGCUGCUGGCAGGCCUUGGGCUGUCCGGUGCAGCCGGGGGCUGCGGGUACAUGCCUGUCCACCUGGCCAUGCUAGCAGGACAGGGUUCUCGCCCUCGACGGCCCCGGGGGGCCCUGCCACCGUGGCUCCUGCCGUGGCUGCUGCUCGCCCUGACACCACUGCUCAGCUCCGAGCCACCCUUCCUGCAGCUCUUCUGCGGCCUCCUCGCCGGCCUGGCCUACGCGGCCGGGGCCUUCCGGUGGCUGGAGCUCUCGGAGUGGCGGCUGCAGGCGCUGCAGGAGGGUGUCCUAUGCAGGGCCCUGGCGGGGUGCUGGCCGCUCCGGCUCCUCCCCGCCCCAGGUGGCCCAGCUGAGCUGCCGGUCGCCCAUCCCGCCAGAGAGAGGCCCCCCACCCCUGGACCUCCCCACAUGGCCUCCCCUAGCCUCUGGCCCCUCAGUGAAGGCUCAGCCCCGAUCCCGCCGGGCCUGAGGCCUGUACAGCCGCUCUGGGAGGGCUCCUCAGAGGCUGGACUGGCCUGGUCUGGGCCCGGCUUCCCCCCAGGGACCCCACUGUGGGCAGCCCUGGACCAGCAGAUGCUACAGGAGGGAAUCGAGGCCUCGCUGCUUGAGGGCCCAGCCCAGGGCCCUGACAGCCCACUCUGGCUGCCUAAGUCCUCCGUCUCCUCUCUGCGGCUGCAGCAGCUGGAGCGCAUGGGCUUCCCCACGGAACAGGCGGUGGUGGCCCUGGCGGCCACGGGCCGAGUGGAGGGGGCUGUUGCACUGCUGGUCGGCGGGGAGGUGGGCACCGAGGCGCUGGUGACUCAGGGGAGGGGAGGGCCCGCCCACCCUGAGGGUCCUGGGCCCCCGUAG